AUGAAAGGCAAGGAAAUUGAUACUGUUGCUAGUCAAGCCGUUUCUAUAGUAACAGCAACCCUUCAGUUGGUCCUUCUGUUGGAGGAUUGGCGGCCUUCAUGCUUACGUCACGUUUCCAUGACAUCGCGAAUUGCCAGAAUUAUGUGUGUCUUCUUAACAGGUAAGAAGAAAAGCUGAUUGUAGCAUGCGAACGCAGACGUAUUUCCGGUCGUGUUUUUUUUUUUUUCGCGUUCUCGUGUGCUGCACAAUAUGAACCUUUUAAGAGCUCGUUUGUAGAAAUUAGUCCACUCGUUAUUUCAUCUCAAACAAAGGCCACUUUGCCCUGCUACCCAUGGGAUAAAAGUUUCAUCUCGUUUCCUUACAAUCCAGAAUGUUUUAACUCUGAAAAAAAAGAAAUUAAAAUCAAUACAACGGUCAAACGAUAAAAGGUUUGAAAGUACUUUCUGUAUAAUUUAACCGUGGAAUUCUCUCUUUGUCAACUUUCAGGGAGUGAUUUGUUUCUGAACAGCAAAGUCCAUGACUAUUUGUCAGUUCUUUUGCGGAUUUACACAAACUCUGCAAAACUAGCGAAGCUCGAUUUCAAUUCCCCAAUCCCUGGACUCACGUCGUUCUAUGAUCUGUAAGUAACACGCUUUUAUUUCGCUCGAUAUCAUAUAUCUUUUAUUUUUAUUAAUAUUUUUAUUGAUAAAUCUGGCACUUAAUUUGAGUUUCUGGAUGGAGUAUUAGCCUUACGCCGGCGGCGUUCAGUCGGCUAUCAUUCAGCAUUACUUGAACUUCUUGUUGCGGAAGUUCUUUAUUUCCGAAGACUCAAUGCAAUGCUCAAGUCUCACUGUAGAACUACUUUACUGUGUACCGUUUCAGGGUAUCUUUAGCCUGUGAACAGGCUCUCUGUUAUGGGAUGGGGUGAAAAAAUCGCGAGGAGAGGGAUUUUUUCACCCUUUCGCAAACCAAACAGAGGGCCUGUUCACAGGCUAGGGUAUCUGUGGAUUAAAUUGAUACUUUUCGUUUUGUUGUGCAUGGUUUUUAAUAUGUUGUGAAGGAAAUUUUUACAUGUAAGUGAUAUAGUUUAAUACUAUGUAAAACCCUAUCGUAUGGUUCGUUAUUCUUCUUUUAUCGGAUGAUAUAAUUUCGGUUUUUUUUAGGUACGCCUCAGUACUUUCACAGUAUUCCGCGGUAUCCUUUGGUGACCCUUUGUUUGGCUGCUUUGUCGUCCUUCCGUUAACACAAAGACACGACAUUAAGUUUCGUAGAGCUGUGUGGGAUGAACACAUAGGUGUAUUAAGGGCCUUAGCAAUUCCCUUAGAUCAGGUAACGUGUAACUGGUGUCUAGUACUCUUACACCGCCAUUUGAUUUGUCACGUAACGCUUUUCGGUAGUUUUAUUGAGGCAGUUCAUACCGUCAGCUGUUGUGAGUUUCAUAAUUACACCCAACGCGCGAAUCUGCAUUUUGGUCGGGCCGAUAGUUAGCAAGAAGAGCGAACCUGUGGAGAGAAACACAGUACCUUCAGUUCUUCAAUACUCCCACAUGCGUUCCAAACGAAGUAGCCCUUUCCCAAAAGGCAACGGGUUUGUGCGUUGUGAAGACACUUGUGAGCCUCGGUUGUUAUAAUUUUAGCCGCAGUUGUUCAAAGGGUAGAUAACGCUAUAGGUAGAUUUCUGUCCAGCAGAUGACGUAAUUGUUUCCCCGUGUACCUAUCCGGGAUAUAGUGCUGUCCAAUGUCUGAACAAUUGGUGCCUAAACAGCAUGUUUUAUAGAGAUUAAUCGGUAAUGUCGGUUUAAAGACCAGGUCUGCCUGGACUAGGAGAAUUUGCCUGUGUGCAAUGAAAAUUUAACAAGUUUAGUUGUCUCUAAAAUGAAAUGACAAUUUAAUGUUGACUCUUUUUUCAGCUGCCUAUUCCUUUGGAGGAAUUUUUGUACCCAAUAGAACGGAACCAGUCCUUACUCGCGCUUUAUCUUCGAGCUUUAGCCACUCAGACAGUGAGGUGA